CUAGGUAAAUGAAUGGGGCCACGCCGGCGCUGUUGUAUGUAUUCAUCAGUUGCUUCCUUACGGCAGCGCACCGGGUUCGAUCAGAAGGCGGGAGAAGGGAGAUUCAUCCGGAAGAGGCAAGAAGGAUGGCAAGCAGCGGAAUGAGCUGGCUGGUGCCUUCCCCGCGGAGAGAAGCCGCCAGCGUCGUCGAGCGUUUGCCAUAAUCGUCCAUGCCUUCUUCCCCGUCCGCCACGCGCACACUCGUUGCGUCCGCCGAGAGCCUGUGGUUGCUAACGUCUGCACAGGAACCCGACGAGAACGGCCACGGUCGCUGCGAGGGGCUCGAACUGGAUAUUGCAUUACGGCGCAAGCGUAGAGACGGGACGUAAACGACGUUGGCGAGUCGCCUGCGCUCGCGAAUCGACGUCCGACUCCAGUCUCCGACUCGUCGCAGCCUGGCGCGCCGGCAGCGCGGAUUAAUGACGCUUCGCCUUCUGUUGGCGACCUGCGUCGACACCCACGCAGACCCUGCACUCCCACCCCCCGGCUGCAUCUCAGGUCUGUCUGGCCCGCGAUUCGACGCGGAGCUCGAGCAAGGCGCAGAUGCGAUCAAGAGCCCUCCUUUCUGGCACGCGCAAUUUACGAGAGCUCGAGGCCGGCCGGGUCCGCACGAGCGGACACGGGGGCGAUCUGAAUUAUGUGUUGGCAGCGAGUAUUUCAAUCACUCCUCGCGCGCCCUGCCGCGAAGGCGCGAAGAGCCAGGGCAGGGCACUAUCCCCGUCCGUUCGCUUGUACUUCUUCGCUCGCCAAUUAGAGUUUCGUCAGCGCACCCCUCCGCGCCAUAUAUCCUCCCCCUCCCACCCCGCCCAGGUCCCGUAUCGUUUCUCCCGUCCCCCUCCCUCCCACCGCCGCCCUCCCGACGCCGGUUCUCCCCUUCCCCUCCCCACCUCUCCGAUAACUAUUCUUCUGGGCGUGCGCGCCGUGGAUCCGUGACUGCUCUCCGGAAUGUCUUCCAUCCUCUGGCUCGCGGCCCUCGUCGCCGCAUACUUCGUCUGGGCCGGCUUCCAGCAGAAGCAGCGGAGGCUGUCGCUCCCCCCAGGCCCCAAGGGGCUCCCCGUCGUCGGGAACCUCAAGGACAUGACGCUCACCGGACUAUGGUUCCCCGCCCAGAAAUGGGCACAGCAGUUCGGCGAACUGGUCUACCUCAACAUUUUCGGGCAAGGCCUGCUCUUUGUAAAUAGCUACGAGGCCGCAGUUGACCUGCUCGAGAAGCGCGGCGCGAUCUACUCGGACAAGCCCAGGAUGGUCAUGGCCGGCGAACUUUGCGGCUGCGAGAACAUGAUUGGCCUCACGCCAUACGGCGAUAGGCUCAGGCGGCAGCGCAAGCUCAUGCUCCAGGCCCUCGGUGCCAACCGCAUCCACGCGUACCACCCCCUCUUGGAAAUCCAGACCCACAACCUCCUGCAGGGCAUCCUCAACUCGCCCGACGACUCGCUAAACAUCGUCCGCAGGUACACGGGCGGCCUGACGCUGCUCAUCGUGUACGGCUACCGCGUGCUCUCGAACGCGGACCGGCUGCUCGAGAUGGCGGACGAGAGCCUCGAGCUGCUCUCGAACCGCAUCGCGGCCGCGGGCGUCGUCUGGCUCGUCGACCUGUUCCCCCCACUGAAGCACAUCCCGUCGUGGUUCCCGGGCGCGCGUUUCAAGCGCGACGCGGCGGUCUGGAAGGGCAAGAUGGAGGCGUUCGUCAACGAGCCGUUUGAGUUCACAAAGCAGCAGAUGCGGGAAGGCACCGCGGUCCCCUGUUACGUCUCGAUGCUCCUCGAGGACGCCGCGCUUGAGAACAAGGACCAGUCCGUUGACAGCCAGCGUGACUUCGACAUCCGGUGGACCGCUAACUCUCUUUAUGCUGCUAGCUUCGACACCACCAACUCCGCCAUCUCGCACUUCUUCCUCGCGAUGAUCCAGCACCCCGAGAUCCUGCAGAAGGCGCAGAAGGAGAUCGACGCCGUCGUCGGCAACGCGCGCCUCCCGACGUUCAGCGACCGCCCGCACCUGCCGUACGUGAACGCGGUCGUGAGCGAGGCGCUGCGCAUCUCGUCCCCCGUCCCGCUCGGCCUGCCCCGCCGCAUCACGGAGGACAACGUGUACAAGAACAUGUUCAUCCCCAAGGGCACGCUCGUCUUCGGGAACAACUACAACAUGGUCCGCGACCCCGCCGUCUUCCCGAACCCGGACGUCUUCGACCCCGAGCGCUACCUCGAGGACGUGGACGAGCAGACCGCGAAGCUCCGCGACGUGCGCAACUACGUCUUCGGCUUCGGCCGCCGGCGCUGCCCGGGCUCGUUCAUGAUCGACUCGUCGCUCUGGAUCGCGAUCGCGUCCAUGCUCGCCGCGUUCGACAUCACGAAGGCGACGGACGCGUUCGGGCACGCCGUCGAGCCCGAGGUCGUGUACGACAACUCGGUGUUCACGACGCUGAAGCCGUUCAAGUACGAUAUAAGGCCGCGCUCCGCGCAGGCCGUCAGCGUCAUCCGCGGGGCGAAGGGCCUCUCGGACUAGACGGGGUUCUACCGUCGCCCCCGUUAACUGUUAUUAGCGUUCGAGUAGGUAGAAUUCAUUCUGGCAUCCGAAAGAUGCAUGGACUCCCCGGGGUAGCCGCGCGUUCUUAUCAGUUAGUUAGUUGGGGGCCAGACCGAGCGUGUACGGCAAUACGUGCGCGCGCGGCUAGCUAUCUCCGGACCCACCACCCUCGUUCAUACGUCCGCCCCCGUUCUUUCGUUCUUGUGGGGGGGGGGGGCGACUGUUCCACCCACCCUGCGCUAUUGCUCGCGCACCGCUCAAGUACCGUAUAUCUUUCCGCAAUUGUACUAUAGAUCUCGCCUUGUUUCUGGUCUUUUAUUUUGAUCGUUUCAGCUUCAGCUCUUUUUAUUGCGCUCAAUCUCGCACUUUUCUGCAAUCGAUCGCUCUCGUGUUGC